UGCAAAACACAAACUGACGAAUUUUGAUGGGGAUUUUUUGUUAUUUAAUUUAGAUUUGAUGCACCAGUGUAUCAAUCGACUCUAGGGGAUUCUUACAUGCGGGACUUUUAAUUUGAACAUUUCCGACAUUCCCCUGACACGGAAGUACUUUUUUUUAGUGUUGCUGACGAGACGCUGAUAUAGUAUAGUAUUUCUGAACUGGAGCUAGUGUGCAUAGCCAGCAAAUAAGUUUUGAAAGGGAUAACAGUAACUACUGUUUUUGAAACCAUCUAAAAUAUAUGUGCCACGGAAGUAGGUAUUGUAAAUGCACAACUACAGCGCAUUUCUUGAUAAUUUCAUACUUUCAGCCAGCUAACGUAGCUAUGCGUCAUAGUACAGGUAAACUGGCUAGCUAACUAACUAGCUUGGUAAAGUUAGUCUAGAUAACGUUAGCUAUCUAAAUUAGUAUGUCAGCUGUACCGUUAAUUAGACAAGCACAUAUGUAGCCAACCAUAUUUGAUGUUAACUGGCUUCUUCGUAAAGGUUAGUAGCUAGUUAUGUAACGUUAUUUAGUUAGCAAUAUGUUCGGUCAUCAACAACGCCUCCAACAGCAGCAACGUAUUUAGCAGCUUCCACAACAUCUCCAACAACGCCAGCAGCUACAAACAACCCAACUCAUGCCAUCCCAACUUCCACACCAGCACCAAAUGAACCGACCACCACCACCUAGUAUGAUCUACCUCUGCCCAGUUCCCCGGGCCUCUCUCCUUGCCACCAACCCCAUGCUGCAAGGGGCACUGCUCAUGCAACAACCGAUGCGAGGUAACAUGCGAGGCUUGGCCAUGGGUAGUGGGCUACCCUUUACUUCAUUUUUGUCUGAGGGGACAAGGCAAUCUCUCCUUGGACCGGCUCCUAUUCCCCAAGUGGGAUUAUUCGCAUCAGGACCCAAUCAUUCCCUUACACACUUUUUAAACAAGGACAUUUGUGUUAGGAAGAGGAAGAAGGAACAGACAGGAAGUGCUGGGGACCAGCUGAGCUCCAGCAGUGCAGAGGGGCUAGGGGAGAGGGAUGAUAGGACUCCCAAUACAGAGAUGCAGGAAGCGGAAUCAGUUGGACAAUUCUUUGCAAAGCAACAGGAGCCUGAGAUGAAGAAGCAGAAGAUGAAUGGGUCAGAAGAGCCUGUGAAUAUAAAAAUUGGACAAGAGGCAGUCCAGAAGUCUGAUAAUGAAAUGUCAACAGAUGUACCUCAGCCUGUAGACAUCUCUGCUCUCGAGUACAGAGGAGGAAGCACUUCCAUUCAAGUGGCGGAGGAAUGUUGCAAAGAAAGUAUAACAGCUGAACAUGUUCUGGGGGUAGGCACAUCCCUGAAAGUCACCAUCCAGCAGAGCAGCGAGAGCCGGGCGUUCAGCACAGGCCUAGAGGAGUUGGCUGCAGCAACAGCCACAGGGACCCCCUGUGGUGUAGGGGGACAGGGUGAGGACAGUGACAGAGGAGCUGCGACUGACAGCCACUACUGCUACAUCUGCAGCAACCCCUACCACAACCAGCAGAAUUUCCAGAACCAUAUGAACGGAUUGGAACAUCAACAGCGUAUGAUGGAGAUUCAGCAAGUGAGCAAUGCCUGUCUGGUCAAUCUAUUACCACGGGUCGGCGACUCUCUACAGGGUACACACAAAGCCAGGGGCAAAAAGCCAGCAGGGGUGCAGCGCUGGUGUGCAACAUGCCAAACACACUUUACCGGCGACCUCCUCGAGCACCGGAGGACCAAGGACCACAAGCUAUCAAAGCAGUCCUCACGUCCCUUCUGCACUGUCUGCACUCGCCAGUUCAGGACGCCACGGAAGUUUGUGGAGCAUAUGAAGUCCCGAGAACACAAGCGGAAUGUGGAGGAGCUCCAGGAGGAAGGAGAGCCAGAGGUCAUUGAAGAACUCAUCACUGUGGAUGCAGUGGGAUGUUUCGAGGGAGAAGAUGACUUUGAGGAGGAGACCCACGAGGAUGAGGAUAGCAGGGGUUCGCAGCCUGGUCAAAGAGCAGUCCCGCAAGAGCAUGUGGGGGACUACGAAGCGUUUGAUUCUGAAACACAAUACGGUUCAAGCUUUGUUGUCCCAGUGACUGGUUUCCUCUGCAGACUGUGCCAUAAGUUCUUCUAUUUCGAGUCCACGGCCAGGCACUUUCACUGCAAGUCCCUCAUACACUUCCAGAACUUACAGAAGUACGAAGCCUUGAAGAAUCAAGAGCGGAGGACACGAGGACAUGCAGCCGAACAGUGGGGGACUCCCAUGACUUGAGAGAAUACAAAGUGGUUAUCCAAGUGAAAAAUGACUGUACAAAUGACUGCAACAUGGCUAGGGACAACACACAUCCCUGUGGUACCUCCUUUACCACAAUCAAGAUGCAUCCUGUUGUCUCUACUCAGGACAAGGCAGAGCAGGACAAUAUCUCCACUGCCACUCAGCAGGUCUCAGAACAGCUGAACUCAGACUCCGUAUUGCCAAAUACCUCCGUCGCUGUCCAUAGGCCGUGCUGCUGUGCCACCCAGCCUCCUUCUGGCUCAAGCUGUGGAUUGAAGAACAUAUGGUAAAGCCGUCUCCAUGCCAAAGCUGCCAAAGGUCCCAACCGAGACUCCAGGAGUAUGGGCAUGAUGUGACUGGAGAAAAAUGCUCCUGCAGAGGUGGAGAGGCUCUUGCUUUGCAUGCAGGGCAACAGGAAACAAACAUGAGCAUACCUCAAACUGCAAGCGAGCCACUACGAUGCAGCCUCUUGGAAAGAGAGCAUUUGGAGCAGGGGAGCUCCACGCUGUUGAUGCCACAUAUACUCAAACUGGACGAGGACAGAGAACUAGUCAACAGAGAGAAAGUGGAACUAAAGGAGUCAGCUGGGAUGAAGCCAGGAAAGUCCAGGACCACAUUGAAAAGAAUGGCCUCAAAUGAAAUCCACAAGGACAACCCACCCAACAGAACGCAGGAAAUUAACACAAACUAAGCCUGACAAGUCGUUAAUGAUGAUUGAUAAUGAUAAUGAUGGGAUAUCUACACAUUUGGUGUGUGUGCGAGUUUGACGUUGCCAAAGAUAAGAUUUCACAGACAAAUCCUUUUUGGUUACAGUAAAGUAGGCCUAGUUUAGUUUGAAUGGAAUCAACAGUUUGUGUUACUAUUUUAUUAAGUGAUAGCAUUCACAGUAUUGCAAGCUUAGCCCCACCUGAAACAGGAAACACCUGUUUCCAUCUAUUCUUAUUCUAGGAUUUGCAGUUUGCUGUAGCUUAUGCGUUGAGGUGAUCAACAUUAUUGAUGCUGGUUUGAGAGAGGGUGGAUUAAGUUAUUUUAAGCUAGGUAAUUAACUAAAUAUAUCAUCUGAUGCAUGCAUUUCAUCUUGUGACUUGCAUUACCAUGCUAGAGGACACACUUCGGCAAAUCAGUAUAGAGACCUUUCUGUGUUUGCAAACAUUUAUACACAAGGGCGAUCGGCGCAAGUUGGUGGCAGAACAAGGAGAUAUUUGGAUUUUAAGACUCGUAUGAAUGAAUGUCCUACUUAAUAUAACACUUUGCAAUCUUUUUUUGUGUGUUAUUUCUUACAUUAUUAGCCCAGAUAGUUGUUUGAUAUCAGAGCAGCAGUAACUCACCAGCAUUACGAAUAAGACUUUCCCGAGUUGGAUCCUUCUCCACCGGCAGAGAAGAGGUAUUCGGGGUGGACUUCUAGUCAGUCUCAGGAGGCGUGCACACCAUCCACUACUUCCGAGUAUAUUACUCGCUAAUGUUCAGUUUCUGAACAAUAAACUAGAACCGUUUAGGGUGAGGAUUGUUUUCCAGAGUGACAUCAGGGACUGUAACAUACUCUGUUUCACAGAAUCAUGGCUCUCUUGGGAUAUACUGUCCCCAUCCAUACAUCAUCAUACAUCAUGCAGAUAGUAAUGAAGAACUCUCUGGGAAGAAGGGCGGUUGUGUAUGUUUCAUGAUUAACUACUCAUGGUGUGAUUGUGAUGACAUAGACACUCAAGUAAUUUUGUUCACCUCACCUAGAAUACCUCACAAUCAAAUUCCGACUGAAUUAUCUCCAAGAGAAUUAUCUUCGGUUAUAGUCACAGCCAUGUAUAUUCCCCUUCAAGCCGAUACCACGACGGCCCUCAAGGAACUACACUGGACUUAAUGCAAACUGGAAACCACAUAUCCUGAGGCCGCAUUUAUUGUAGCUGGGGAUUUUAACAAACCAAAGUUGAGGAAAUGCUACCGAAGUUCUAUCACUACUAUUGUAGUAUUUGCUGUUCAUUGACUUUUGCUCAGCCUUUAACACCAUAGUACCCUCCAAGCUCAUCAUUACGCUCGGGGCCCUGGGUCUGAACCGCCCCCAGGUAGUAAAGGUAGGAAACAACAUUUCCACUUUGCUGAUCCUCAACACAUGGGCCCCACAAGGGAGGGGGCUGACUGUGUGGCCACGCACGACACCAACUCAAUCAUCAAGUUUGCAGACGACUCAACAGUAGUAGGCCUGAUUUCCAACAAUGACGAGACAGCCUACCGGGAGGUGAGGGCCCUGGCGGUUGUGGUGCCAGGAAAAUAACCUCUCUCCUUAAAGUCAAUAAAACUAGGAAGCUGAUUGUGGACUUCGAUGUGGAUGCACGCCACUAUCGACGGGACCGCAGUGGAGAAGGUGGAACGCUUCAAAAUCCUGGGCGUACACAUCAUUAUCUGAAAUUAAAUGGUCCACACAGACGAUUUCAAGAAAGUGUUUUACUCAAUUGUUUCGAUCAAUGUUGAGCUCAUCCGCAAUGUGAUGAAUUAUAAAUAUUAAUUGCUAUUAGCUAAUUCAUAUUGGGGUUUCUGUCAGCUGAGGGUUAGCUAAAUAUGACCGCUUGUGUUACUUCAAUCUUUCCUUAGUUAGCGCUAGGACUAAUUUAGCCUACAUUUUCCAGUUUGGAUGAUUGUGUAUGCUGUCGCUACUUUUGUGAAUGUCUGAACAUUGGAUCCAAAAAUAAACUGGUCACAUUCAGGA